AAUCACACAAGAAGAAUACCGAUUCAACAGCUACAACUUCCUUAAUUAUCAAAAGAAUAUGUAAUAAAGGUUGAAUAAAGUAUCACUUAACUUGUGCGCGCUUGUUCGUUGCGUUUAACUUGAAAUACAAUUAAGAUAACCCCUACACCGGAAAAAUAAAACACCUUGGGGAAAUGUCAUGGUGUCUUUUUAACGCUACCCAAAACCGGUAAGUCUGUAAAUUUUGCAUGAUGGAAGUGCACUUACACGCAUUAAUGAAAAGUUGGUUGGGACUUGAGGCACAUUUCCUUGAUACUCCAAGUGAUAUUAUUUAACAGCACGCAGAAAAAACGCAACAGCAAAGAUUCAGAAAGCACUCCUACCAAGCAGUAAAUUUGGCGGUAAACCGCAAAUCAAACCGCAUGAAUUAUUAAGUGUAACACUUCUUUUUAUCGUAUUCCUUUACGUCCUACUGCGUUUUCUUAGCCUACCCUAUUUAAAUACUUGCAGAAAAACGCUGCGGAUGUGGCGGAUGCUUGGGAUGUGGAGAUUCCUUCGAUUCUGGCGGCUGUGAUUUCAUGGGAGGCUACGGACCAGGAUGUGGAUGCGGUGGAUGUGGAGGAUGCGGAGGAUGCGGAGGAUGCGGAGGAUGCGGAUGCUGUGGACCAAAUGACUGGUGUGCUCCCGGUACCAUGUGCUCCAACUGCAAAGGAGGAUUCGGUGCCCCAAUCACUUGCUCAGGAUGUAACACCGGCUGCUGCCCAAGUCUCACGUUUCCCUGUCAAUUUGGCGCCACUGUGAACAACCCUGGUUGUGAAUGUUGUAAAGAAAAGACCCCUCCUGGAAAGUGCAAGUGGCCAUGCAUGUGGCCCUGCUGCUGUACCUGUACACCACCCCAAUUUGAGUUCAAACCGCUGAAACCUGAGCCUGUGUGCCACUGCCCAUCACCACACAGUCACCAUACAGCCUGUGGACAUCACUGUUUAAGAAGAUCAAGUAAGACGUGACUAUUUUAUUUCCCAUUGUAAAGUGCAAGUGAAAAUGUAAAGACAUUUGUGUCCACGCAGAAAUUUACUAAGCUUAGAUCGGAGCCCUAAACUCCAAAUUUGACCAGAGAAGCUAGCCAGCGAGCUAUCUUGAGACGGAAGGCGCAAGGUGACACAAAGUCAGUCUCUAAUGGGAAUAAUUGUUUACCUCAGAUCAGUCACUAAUUCACCCAUUGUGUCCUUUACACUUGUGAUAAGGUAAGCGAGGCCCUGUGAAACGCAGCUUGAUGGAAGAACAGCGAUUUCCUUUUGUGCCGGUUCCAUACAGUCAUGGCUAUGCACCAUUCUACAACCCAUUUUUCAAUGGUGUUCCAAUGAUGCCUAUCCCAAGAGCAUUUUAAACUGAUCAGCAAGGUACUUCUAAUAUGUGGAGAGAUAGGGCCGGUUAUUUACAAGGGGUAUAAACCAAACCACGGUUUUACGCAAUCAUUGGGCCUCAAGCUUUUUCUAUCAGAGGGCUGACUUAAUUAAAUAACUGUCCUUCCACUGAUAGCUAUCUGCUCUCCAGACAUCCCUCCCAAAAAAAUUUGGAUGAAAGGUCCAGCGAAACUUAAAAUUAAUCUAAACAUGAUUUUGUUAAACAACGGCUAAACUUUGAUUAAAUAAGCGGCCCAUAAUUUCUAAAGAAAGCCGACAGUUUGUAACCCAAAAGAUGUCACCUCAAAAGUUUGCUUUACUGCACAAUGGCUCUACCAUGGCAGAAAGUUAUCGUUUUAGCUAUUUUGAUAGAUUACUCUUUUUACAAUCAACAUUCUUAUUUCUCUCCUCUGUCAUAGAAACAUAAUUAUAUACACGUUAAACAUGACACUGACACAAAAGAAAAACUUAGAAAAACAUUCUUUUUCUAAUAUAAGAAAUACGAAAAGUGCCUCAAACAUAAAAAAAUAUAUUGACAUAUUUUUCUCUUCCUUAUUUUUCCAGAUCUCAUAACUUCUAAAGAAGCCUCGGAUUCGGAGGGAUCAAAAACAAGCAGCUUCACUUCAGCACGCCCGAGGCAACAUGGAGCUAAUAUGGAACACAUCAAUGCUUUAUUGAAAUGGAUAUUAUUCACGUCGGAGAAAAGUCUUCGAUAGCUGUGCAUGUUAUUUAAUGAUACAACUGAGAACUGGUUAAUAAAUUAAACAAGCAUUUAAUAUGAUGUGUGCAUUUCUGUUAAAAAUAUUGAAUUAUUGUUGCUGCAGUUAUGAUUUCGGAUCACCCCAAGUCCCCUUUUUUAACUUUAUCAGGAAACAAUCCAUAAUCCUUUCGAAAUAACGUAAGUUAUGGCCAUAGAAAUAUUUUUCUCUUGUUUGGAAGAAGGCUUAACACCAUGGACGUUUAUGGAGAGAUGGGUUGCACACUUAUUGUAUAACAUCACCGACAUUAUACUUUAUAUCUUUCAGUUAACAGACAUCAAGUUAAUAUGAGUAUUCAUAAACU